CCCUUUAGGAGCUUCUGUGUAAAGGACUAAUUAAGCUAGUUCAAAACACAGACCUCAAGUAGUUUAUACUAGAAGCACCAACGGGAGAGAUGCCGCAGCUGCUGAUGAAGAUGCAUGAAUAGGUCCUACCAACUGUAUGUACGAUUUUCUUUUUUUUUGUUUGUUUGUUUCUUGUAUAUUUUGAAAAGUAAAACUUUUGACAAUGAGAUACCACUUUACACCUUUGAACAUGCCAUACAUUAGAAAGGACAGUUAACAACAAAUGUUGGAGAGGAUGUGGGGAAAAGGGGACACUUCUGAACUGCUGGUGGGAGUGUACUGUGGUCCAACCUUUGUGGAAAAUAGUCUGGAGAUUUCUCAGAAUGCUAGAAAUAGACCUGCCGUAUGACCCAGAAGUUUCUCUGCUGGGAUUUACCCAAAGGAAACAAAAGUGCCUAUCAGAGGAGAUCAUAUUUACCUAUGUUCAUAGCAGCACAAUUAGUAAUGGCCAAACCCUGGAAACAACCCAGGUGUCCAACAACAGGCGAGUGACUGAAAGAAUUAUAUAUAUGAUGGAAUACUGCUCAGCUGUUAAAAAUAAGGAAGUCGUCUCCUUUGCAUCAUCUUGGUUGGAACCGGAAGUAAGAUAAGCCCAAAAGAGAUGAACAAAAACUAAAUGAUCUUGCUAAUAAUUGGGACUUAUUAGAGAGACUGGGAGGGAGAACAAAGUGAAAUGUAGACAGGGCAUGGUAUACUGCAUCAAAGCCAAAGACUGGGGAGCGAGGGGGCAGGAGGUGGAAGACAAUUGUGGAUGCCUGGUACAUAAUGCAAUUGAGGUUAUAUGUCAGUGGCUGCACUGUAAAGCAUUAACCACCUUAAUAAAAGAAAAAAGAAAAGAAAAAACUUUAGGACCCAGGAGGUGGCACAGUUGAGUAGGGUGCUGAACAUGGAAGCAUGAAUUUGAUCCAUGGCACCCCAUGUGCCAGAGUACUGCUCUGUCUCUUUCUCUCCCUUGUGUUAAUACAUGAAUGAAAUAUUUUUAAAAAGUAAAAGAAAAUCUUAUUUAAGGGCCAGGUGCUGGUGCAUCUGGUAGAGUAUGCACAUCCCAGGUUCAAGCUCUCAGCCCCACCUGCAAAAGGAAAGCUAGAAGCAUGUGAGUAAGUAAUAUACUUGCUAAAAGCAUGGGGAAGUACUGCCACAGUUAACUCUCUCUCUCUCUGUCUCCACCUUCCCCCUCAAUUUCUCACUGUCUUCAUCAAAAGGAGAAAGAAAAAAUAUCCACCACUGGGAGUAUUGGAUUCAUGUGCAGUUACUUCAUGGAUUCCUUUGGGCCACUUAGGCCAGAAGGCAGCCAGUCAGUAGUCAGCAGAAUGCAGAAGAAAUACUGGAAAACUAAGCAGGUCUUUAUCAAAGCAACAGGAAAAAAGGAAGAUGAGCAUGUGGUAGCUUCUGAUGCUGAACUGGAUGCUAAACUUGAGGUUUUUCACUCCAUUCAAGAGACGUGCACUGAACUUCUGAAGAUAGUAGAGAAAUAUCAGCUAAGACUCAAUGUUAUAUCAGAGGAGGAAAAUGAACUGGGACUCUUCUUAAAGUUUCAAGCAGAACAAGAUGUAACGCAAGCUGGCAAAAUGAUGGAUGCUACUGGCAAGGCACUGUGUUCUUCAGCCAAGCAAAGAUUGUUCCUGUGUACUCCCUUGUCUCGUCUUAAACAAGAAGUAGAGACCUUCAGUAAACGGGCGGUAUCUGACACCUUGGUGACAAUUAAUAGAAUGGAGGAGGCUCGCACAGAAUACAGAGCGGCUCUGCUGUGGAUGAAGGACGUAUCCCAAGAACUAGACCCAGAAACUUUAAAGCAAAUGGAGAAGUUUAGAAAAGUACAAAUCCAAGUGAGAAAUAGCAAAGCUUCAUUUGACAAGUUAAAGAUGGAUGUUUGUCAGAAAGUGGAUUUACUUGGAGCUAGUCGCUGCAAUAUGUUAUCUCAUUCCCUCACUACCUACCAGAGAACGCUGCUUGGAUUCUGGGAGAAAACAGCUCAGAUGAUGUUCCAAAUCCAUGAGGCUGGCAUUGGUGCUCAUCCUUACGGUUUUGUAGCUCUCAAGCAACUACAAGAUACUCCAAGAAAGCUUACUGAAGAUCACAAAGAAGAAAAAAUAGAAAACCACUGUCUUACUGAAGACCUCAACAAGUUAGCUUUGUCAGAUGAGGAAGUGAACUUGGAAAGUGAAGCAGCAACUGAAGACCACAAGGAAGCAUGUUUUGAAGUAAGAGAAUUUGGAACAUCUCAGUUUUCUAAUUCUGAAAAUGUUACAAAGGAUCUACCGAUAGAUUCGUUCGAAGAAGAUUUUGAGAGAGAAUUCUCAUUCCUGAACAACCUUCUGAGUCCUGGCUCUUUAAGUACUAGUGAAUUUAACCAAGAAUGUCACACUGCUUUUGGGAGCCCCACUGCCAGCCUCAUGUCCCAGGAGCCUUGUGUGGGGUCUGAGUCCCUUGCUGCUUCUUCUGGAUUCCUUCCUUCCCAGCUCUUUGACCUUGGCCUUCAUGCUGCUGGAGCUUUCAACAGCUGGGCCAUCCAAGGCGGGUUAGAGCUUCCUCUUUCACAAAUUGGCCACCAGCCAGUGCCUUCACAGAGUCCAAAGAAAUUCACAAUAUCUCCAGAUAGUAGUAACCAGGAUAUGUCAGCCUGGUUCAGUUUGUUUGCAGACUUGGAUCCACUUUCAAACCCAGAUGCUAUCGGACACUCUGACGAUGAACUUCUUAAUGCCUGACUGAAGUUGUCCUGUCACUCAGCCACCUUCAGACAUCAGUCUGCAACAUGCUGCGUUUGGGGGAAGGGAGCCUCUGCUCUAAUCCAGACACAAACACAUCUUGUUUGCACUUGUCAGCCCACUUCAAACAGUCAGGACCACAUGUGAAUAGAUUCAGCAUCUUUUUAAUAUCUUGGAUCUGCAGCCAUUGGUAACAUGUGGAAACUAUUAGAAAUAAUUAGAGUGUGAGCUAGAUACCUAAUUUUAAGGCAAAAUAACAGGAAUAAGCCUGUGGGUUGGAAUUGGGCAUACUUAUCUGGAAGCCUUUAAUGCUGAGGAUUCUCUGUGUGGGAAAAGGGCAGCUGGUGUAGAAGUUAGGUUACAACUUGGGGUGAUUUUUUUAAAAUUUUCUGUUCUGGAAAAUAGCAUUAGACCCAGCUCAGUUUUGUCUUGAGUUAGAAAGACUUCAGAACUCAAUUUACUUUCAUGAAAUCAGAGAAACUUGGUGCUUGUGUAUUCCACUAGGAGGCUAAAAUGCAAGAGUUGUCAUUUCUCCUUCAUACACAAUCACGGGCACCUGUCGAUUCCUCUAUUGGAUUUUUUACAGGGAAGUAACAUGAUGAUUUGCUAAAUCCAUUCUCCAUAGAAAAGGAGAAAUUCCGCUCCCCUUUUCAGGCUACAAGAAUAUCCAAAGAUGUUCCAGAUGUGUAGGUGUCCUCCUGCUUGGUUUUUACAUGUUGCUACAGAAACUGGCUUUUCCUGAAACACGAAGCAACUACCAACAGUAACCCUUCCUCUAUGGCCCUUCUGCUGGAGUGAGGGAGACACCUUUCUGACCCUUUAUCCUUAUAUAUGUAUGUUCAUACUCACCUGUGCCCCUUGAUAAGAUUUAAUCCAGAAUAUUUCCUGCAGCUACCAAAAGCUCUUCAACUCACUAAGGCAGCGUCUCAUUUCUGCUACUUUUCCCCUCUCUGGUUGACCAUUACCCCCGGCGUUCUGCAUGUUGCUCCUGUGAUCCUUAGAGGAAAGGCCUGGAGGGAGGGCUGUUCAUGCUGAUGUGCACACCUACUCAAUCACAUUCCAUGCUCAUUUUUUCUUGCUCAUUCUUUAGUUUUGAGGCAGUUCUCCUGGUAUCUUUUUAUAUUCUAGUCCUUUUAUCUUCAUAAGAAAACAACCAAGUUGGGGGUCUGACAGUAGCACAGUGGGUUAAGCUCAGGUGGCGCAAAGCGCAAGGACCGGCUCAAGGAUCCCGGUUUGAGCCCCUGGCUCCCCACCUGCAGGGGAGUCGCUUCACAGGCGGUGAAGCAGGUCUGCGGUGUCUUUCUCUCCCUGUCUUCCCCUCCUCUCUCCAUUUCUCUCUGUCCUAUCCAACAACAACGACAACAAUUAAUAACUAUAACAAUAAAACAAGAAGGGCAACAAAAGGGAAAAUCAAUAAAAAAUAAAAAAAGAGAAAACAACCAAGUUAUUCACAGUAGUUCUUUAGAACUACUUGCAGUAGUUCUAAACAGAUUUAUGAAAGAAUAACAGUGUUCAAGUCAUUAAAUAUAGAAAAACUGUUUUUAGGAACAGACCAGAGGCGGCAAAAUACAGUCCACCUCGCCCCAGAGCAGCCUGGCAGAACUAUGACGUGAACUACCCACAGCUCUCCAGAGAGCCACCGGUGCGGAUGGCUGAAUGCAGGGUAGGCUUAAGAACCUUGCUCAGGGGCUGAAACACGGCCUCAGGAAAAGGCUACUGAUUUUUUUUUUUCUUCUUCCAUACUUAUUCCAGUGAUUUUGUAUUUACUGAAGCAUUUUCUUUUAAGCUCAGUAAGUGUGCCUAACUAACCUACACCAAGAUGCAAUCACUAAGGGUGGGUUACCAACACGUAGUCUAAAUUCUAAGCCUGUGAUGACUUUGCUCUCAACUUUGAGCACGUCAGAAAUGCUAACUUGCUUCUACCACUUGUGCCACUUUUCACCAUGUUUCAUCACUACUACAUCAGUUCAGGCAUACUUGACUGUUUCCCCUAAACACACAAACAGCCUGUUGUCAGCAGUAAAUAAAGACACUCCAACGCAGAAGAAAACCAUGACAGCCUUCCCAAGCUUGAAGCCCAGACUCAAUGUGAAGAUUCACUGCCCUCAGUUUUUAAGGGGAAGAGUUCUCAAACACUGAAACAUUCAAGGAAUUUUAUUUAAAAAAUAUAUUUUAUUCCCUUUUGUUGCCCUUGUUUUAUUGUUGUAUUUAUUGUUGUCAUUGUUGGAUAGGACAGAGAAAUAGAGACGGAGAAGACGGGGAAAGAAAGACACCUGCAGACCUGCUUCACCACCUGUGAAGUGACUCCCCUGCACAUGGGGAACUGGGGCCUUGAACCGGGACUUAGACGGGUCCUUGUGCUUUGCGCCAUCUGCUGCGCUACUCCCUUCAAGGAAAUUUGUAUUAUCCAAUUUUUAAGUUUUCUUUUUCAACACAGGACAUGUAGUUGACCAUUUAACCGGAAGUAACGUUAUUUGCGUUACCAGCUCUCGUUAUAACCUUAGUCAGCCAAACAAGCCCAUUUUUGAGAAGUACCUUAAAAUUUUUAUUAAAAUAAAAGUAACCUCAUAUUUUCUCAAGACUAGUUAUUUAAGGAUCAAGCAUUAAUUUAGAAGCCAAAUAGAAGCCUGGCUAUUUUACACAGGAAUUACCAACAUAGAAAAGCAAGCACAAUACAUAUUCAGAAGGGAGUGAAAGAAACAGAACAGAACUGCUAUUUGUCUAAAUCAACCAUAAAGAGACAAAUUAAUUAACCUGAGCAGCAAGCUCCUUUAUACAGAGUGCGAGAAAUACUGGUCUCUGUAAUACCAGCCAAGAAUCAUCUAACCACAAGAAAGCUGCAGAAUAAACUUAAGUUUGCCUGAUCUAUCACUUUUCAAGGGGCAAGAAUGCCAGGGAAUAUGAAGACCUGAUCAGUGUAACCGGAUAUUUUUUUUUUAAAUUUCAUCAGUUAUAAAACAUAACUCUUAUUAGAAGCUGUAUCUAAAAGGUUUCAGUAUUUGCACAAUGAAAAAGUGUAUUUCAACUAUAAAUAUUUCACAUAUAUAUCUUUACAAACUAAUGAGAAGCAUCAAGGUCUUACAAGUAUAUGAACAAAGGAACCGAAUGUGUUCUGUCUACUUUUCUGAGCCUCUUAAUAAAGCUUACUAGAUGGUCUAA